CAACCCGUGGAAGAAAAAAAAAGUCAACGCACGAUACAAAAAAUACUGAUAAAUCAUUAAACACGAUAGACAUAUUUUCUAAUACUCGAAUCUUUUUCAUUCCAAAUAAUAUUGAUAAGGUUCGUUUGAGAUUAUUGAAAGAAAAAGUAAUUGAAAGAGGUGGUCAAGUGGUCGAAGCUGGGUUUAAUGCUUCCGUAACACAUGUGAUCACUGCUUUGGAAAGUCAAAAGGCAUUGGAAAUUUUAGGAAUUCGUUAUGAUAACAUUCCUAAGAGUGCCGUUAUGGUCGAUCCUAAUUGGAUAUCAGAAUGCUUAAUGAGUGGAAAACUCGUAGAUGUAAAGCCAUACAUUGCACAGACAUCAGAUGUAACAAACAACCAAUCGUUAAAACAAGUCGACAAAAGAAUUCAUGACGAUUUGACUGAUGAAGAUAGUGAAAAUGAAAGAAAUAAUCAACCAAAAAAAAAGAAGGGACAAGAAUCCUUGCCUCCAACAAUGCGAUACCCUUAUCCAUCCUCAGGAUCUUCGUCUGAUACAAUAAUCGAAAAUGAUCCUUUAUUGGAAAUGAUUGCAGAGAGCAAAUCCCUUGCUGAAGCCAUUGCCGAAAUUAUUAAUACCGGAAAUUUAAAACGAUUGCAACAUUUGUCAGAAGAACAAGAAGUGAUUAAGAAAUUUGGUGAUAUUUUUGGUGUAGGCUCAUCCACUGCUAUGAAAUGGUACGCAAAAGGUUAUAGAACUUUUGAUGAUAUUCUUCAAAAUGUCGAAUUAACACACGCUCAACGUAUUGGAAUUGAAUAUUUUGAUGAACUCAAUGAAAAAAUUCCACGAGAUGAAGUAACAGAAAUCUCAAAACGCGUUGAAGAAGCUGCUCAUCAGGCCGAUCCUAAUUUAUUAUGUAUCACAGUUGGAUCUUAUAUAAGAGGUCAACCUAUCUGUGGUGACAUUGAUAUUUUAGUAACUAAAAAAGGUUCAGAUGAAAAAAAAGAUAUGGGUGCCUUUUCAAAGUUGCUCAAUAUUUUACGCACACAAGGACUAUUAACGCAUGACCUCUCACAACGUCAUGGUAAAAAAAAAACUCCUUCAAAAUAUUAUGCAAUAUGUAGGUUGCCCGGUGGAAAACAUCAUCAGAUAGAUUUUUUCGUUGUGUCAUAUAAUGAAUUAGGUGCGGCAUUAAUAGCAUAUACAGGUAACGAAGUAUUUAAUCGAAGUUUAAGAUUACUCGCAAAGAAACAGAAAAUGAACUUGAAUCAUCAUGGUUUAUAUAAAAAUGUCUCUCGGGACGGUAUUACAAAAUUAAAUAAAGGUGUUUUAGUCGCUCAAAGAACCGAAAAGGAAAUAUUUGACGCGUUAGGAGUUUCAUGGCG